UCUCCCAUCGUGAAUCUUUACCUACUAGAGAAUCCACAUUAACCCAUUGGAAGGCCUCAAGGGCAUCCAUCCAUAGCGAUUGUUUAGGUUGGAAAAUACAUUUGAGGAGAGAACUUACAGAGGCGGCAAAAUGGCGGUGGGGAUAUCGGAGGUGGAGAUCAUCAAACCCCGCACGGAUAAGCGCGAAUACCGAAGAAUCAUCCUCUCUAAUUCUUUGGAGGUUCUUCUCAUUAGCGAUCCCGAUACCGACAAGGCCGCUGCUUCUAUGAAUGUUUCUAUCGGCUACUUCUGCGAUCCCGAGGGUUUGGAGGGUUUGGCGCACUUUCUUGAACAUAUGCUAUUUUAUGCUAGUGAGAAAUAUCCAGUUGAAGAUAGUUACUCAAAAUAUAUCACAGAGCAUGGAGGAUCCACUAAUGCCUAUACAUCUGCUGAGCAUACAAAUUUCUACUUUGAUAUCAAUGCUGACUGCUUGGACGAUGCCUUGGAUAGAUUUGCACAGUUUUUUAUCAAGCCGUUAAUGUCUUCUGAUGCUACUCUUAGGGAAAUAAAAGCGGUUGACUCUGAGAAUCAGAAAAAUCUAUUAUCUGAUGCUUGGAGGAUGAAUCAGCUUCAAAAGCAUCUAUGUUCAAAGGACCAUCCAUAUCAUAAAUUCAGUACUGGAAAUUGGGAUACACUGGAGGUCAAGCCAAAGGCAAAAGGAUUGGACACGAGGAUUGAACUGAUCAAAUUUUACGAAGAAAACUAUUCAGCUAACUUAAUGCACCUUGUUGUAUAUGGAAGAGAGAGCCUUGAUAGUCUUCAAAGCCUGAUCGAGAGCAAGUUCCAGGAUAUCCGAAAUAUUGAACGGAACCAAAUCAGCUUUCUUGGUCAGCCUUGUUCAAAUGAACAUCUCCAGAUCCUUGUUAGAGCAGUUCCAAUCAAGCAAGGUCAUACACUCAGAAUUAUAUGGCCAAUCACCCCUAGCAUUCACAACUACAAGGAGUGUCCUUGCAGGUACCUUGGUCAUCUUAUUGGGCAUGAAGGAGAAGGGUCACUUUUUUACAUCUUGAAACAGUUAGGAUGGGCGGUGAGUUUGCAAGCUGGGGAAGGGGAUUGGAGUUUUGAGUUUUCCUUUUUCUCUGUAGUUAUAGAACUAACUGAUGCGGGCCAUGAUCACGUUGAAGAUGUUAUUGGCUUGUUGUUCAAAUAUAUUUGCCUCUUACAUAAAUCUGGAGUUUCAAAGUGGAUAUUUGAUGAGGUAGCCAGUAAUUUUCUCUUCUGCAUUAUUGAGGACUUUGGUAUGAACAAACUAUUAACUUAUUACUUGUCUGUGAAGCUUGCGUCUAUAUGUGAGACAGACUUCCAUUAUCGCGACAAAAGCCCUCCCAUUUACUAUACUGUUAGUGUUGCUUCAAACAUGCAGAUUUUCCCACCAGAAGAUUGGUUGGUGGCAUCAUCACUGCCAUCAAAAUUUGCUCCAAGCACAAUUCAGAAGACACUAGAUGAGUUAAGUCCAGAGAAUAUUAGAAUUUUCUGGGAAUCUAAGAAGUUUCAAGGGUAUACAGAUUGUAUUGAGCCUUGGUAUGGUACACCAUAUUCUGUCGAAAAGAUCACCGCUUCCACGAUCCAGCAAUGGGUAGAAAAGGCUCCUAAAGAAAAUUUAAGUCUUCCAAAACCUAAUAUAUUCAUUCCAAAUGAUCUUGUGCUUAAAACUGUGCAAGAAAAGGUUAAAGUUCCAUAUAUGUUAAGGAAAUCAUCGUUUUCCAGAUUGUGGUACAAACCUGACACUAUGUUCUUCACACCCAAAGCUUACAUUCGAAUUGAUUUUAACUGUCCUCACUCAAACUACUCACCCGAAGCUACGGUUCUUACCGAUGUAUUCACAAGGUUAUUGAUGGAUUAUUUGAAUGAAUAUGCCUAUGAUGCUCAAGUUGCUGGUCUGUAUUAUGCGAUUCAUCAAAUUGACACAGGAUUUCAGGUGAUUCUUGUUGGGUAUAAUCACAAAAUGAGAAUCCUUUUGGAAACAAUUGUUGGUAAAAUGAGAGACUUUGAAGUUAAGCCAGAUCGGUUUUCAGUCAUCAAGGAAACUAUAACAAAGGAGUAUGAGAAUUAUAAAUUUCAUCAGCCAUACAAGCAAGCUCUAUACUAUUGCAGUUUAAUACUGGAAGAUCAAACAUGGCACUGGAAUGAUGAAUUCGAAGUCCUUCCACAUCUUGAGGCGGAUAAUCUUGCGAAAUUCUCACCUCACUUACUUGCAAAGGCAUUUUUAGAGUGCUACAUCUCUGGAAACAUUGAACCAAGUGAAGCAGAAUCGAUUGUCCAGCAUAUAGAAGAUUGUUUUUUUAGUGGCCCAAAUCCUAUGUGUAAACCAUUAUUUCCAUCUCAACAUUCAACAAAAAGAAUUGUGAAGCUUGAAAGAGGAUUGCAAUACAGUUACCCGGUCGAGGGAUUGAAUCAGAAGGAUGAGAAUUCUGCACUUGUCCAUUAUAUUCAGGUUCAUCAAGAUGAUAUCAAGUUAAAUGUCAAACUUCAGCUAUUCGCUCUUAUUGCCAAGCAACCAGCUUUUCACCAGCUUCGAUCUGUGGAGCAACUUGGAUACAUUACUAUUCUUGCAAAUAGGAAUGAUUAUGGAGUCAGGGGAUUGCAGAUCAUUAUCCAAUCUACAGUGAAGGAUCCAGCAAAUCUUGAUUCUAGAGUCAAUGCUUUUUUUAAGAUGUUUGAAGCUAAACUUUACGAAAUGACCGAUGAGGACUUUAAGAGUAAUGUAAAUGCACUGGUUGAUAUGAAACUGGAGAAAUACAAGAACUUAAGGGAGGAAUCUGCAUUCUUCUGGCAAGAAAUUUCUAACGGAACUCUGAAGUUUGACAGGAAGGAAUCUGAGGUUGCUGCAUUGAAGGAGCUCAGAAAGGAAGAAUUGAUAUUCUUCUUCAAUAAUUAUAUCAAAAUUGAUGCACCUGAGAGAAAGACACUCAGUGUGCAAGUAUACGGCGGUCUCCAUUUGGCGGAGUACAAAAAGGUUGCUGAUCAGGAUGGGGCUGCUGCUCAAACAUAUCAAAUAAAUGAUAUAUUCAGCUUUCGAAGGUCGAGGCCUCUGUAUGGUUCAUUUAAGGGGGGUCUUGGCCAGAUGAAACUCUGACCGCCUUUCACUUACAAUAAUUCCCGCCCUCUUAGUGUUGUGAUCAGCUGAUGAACUUUCAUUGAUUUAUAAAGAAUUCUUGAGAGUGUCUUCAAUUUUUUGGAUGCACAAAGACAGUGAAAAUGAAACAUCAGAAUAUAUAUUUUUAAAAUUUUUCCGA